GUGUGGUAGAGUUUAAUGCAUCGCGGGAAAAGUCAUGUGCUUCCACCAAACUGUAAACAUGCAUACGAAAAUGAGAUAGGGCAUCUUUCUUAUGACAAUAUUUCUCAAAUUUGCAUUAUCUGGUGGAUGUCUUCCCAGACGCACAUGUUAUAUCAUGUCGAAAUCGUCAUAUUUUACCCGAGGCAGAAGCAAAACCUCAGAUAAGGUGACUAACUCUGAAAUAAAAGCUGAAAUAGAUGUAAACAAAUCUGCACACGUUGGACUCAAAAGAUUGAACGCGUUUGCAUCUAAAAGAAAACAUGUAAAGAUUGAGUAUGAAAGCCAUAAAAACACAACUGUCAAGCAGGAAGCAGUUAAGGACGAGACAAAAAGUUACAACAGAGAGGUUCAAGUGAAGCGAGAGAAAUGGGAGCCUCCCAAGUGGAGGAAUCAGCUGAGCAACAUCUAUCAGAUGAGGAGCAAGAGGAAUGCACCCGUGGAUACCAUGGGCUGUGACGUCAUUAGUGACACUCGAGCUUCUCCAGAGGUAUUCCGUUACCAAGUACUGUUGUCACUGAUGCUGUCGAGUCAAACAAAGGACCAAGUGACAUCAGCAGCAAUGGCAAAACUGCGCCAACAUGGAUGCAACAUUGACAAUAUUUUGGGAACAUCAGAUGAUAAACUAGGACAGCUGAUCUACCCUGUUGGCUUCUGGAGGAGAAAGGUUGAGUACAUCAAGAGGACAUCAGAGAUCCUGAAGACACAGUAUGAGAAGGACAUCCCAGGAUCUGUGCAGGACUUGUGUAAACUGCCGGGGGUUGGUCCCAAGAUGGCUCAUCUUGUCAUGAAGUGUGCAUGGAAUGUCAUGUCAGGGAUCGGGGUGGAUACACACGUUCAUCGCAUCACCAACCGUCUUCACUGGUUCAAGAAACCCACCAAACAGCCUGAACAGACUCGGAUAGCACUGGAGGAGUGGCUGCCUAGGGAACACUGGCAUGAGAUCAACCAUCUACUGGUGGGUUUUGGCCAACAAACAUGCCUGCCUGUUGGACCCAAGUGCCAUCAGUGUCUCAACCAAAACAUAUGUCCUUCAGCUGCAAGGUCAAAUGUCAAACAAAAAGGCAAGGUAAAGAUUGAACAUGAGUCCCUCAAAGAGGAGAGUGCUCUCUCACCUGAGGAAGAUGUCGAUUUGCGAGACAUUAAGUGUGAAGUUGACACAUCUUGUACUGAAGAUGAACACCUGUCAUCCAUUGAAGAAACAGUAAGGUCAAGGUCGUCGCGAGGACGCCAUGUGGUGAUAAAGCAGGAGCCAGAUGAUGUUUAGUGCUACAUUGAGAGUUA